CACCACGAGACCCGUAUGUGGAAGGCGGAAGUAGACGCAAAACAACAUCAGCGGCAGUUUCGACUCGGCUGCCUGUCACAUUGACCUACGAAGGAAAAAAAGAGAAAUCCUUCAUUUUUCAUUGGGUUUAUCGUCUUUAUUCGACAAACAUGUCGCUUUUCGGCAAAUUGUUCGGCAUUAGCGGCGGGGGAAAAGGGGGCAAGGCACCCACAGCCCAAGAAGCUGUCCAGAAACUCCGAGAAACCGAGGAGAUGCUGACCAAAAAACAAGAUUUUCUGGAGAAGAAGAUCGAGCAGGAGACUAUAACGGCCAAGAGGCACGGCACGAAGAACAAGCGGGCGGCGCUGCAGGCCCUGAAGAGAAAAAGGCGCUACAGCAAACAGCUUGAGCAGAUCGAUGGCACGCUCUCCACCAUCGAGUUCCAAAGGGAGGCACUAGAGAACGCCAACACUAACACGGAAGUUCUAAAGAACAUGGGCUUCGCCGCCAAGGCCAUGAAAGCGGCACACAAAGAGCUGAACGUGGACAGCGUGGACGACCUGAUGUCGGACAUCAUGGAGCAGCAGGAGCUCGCGCAGGAGAUCACCGACGUCAUUUCUAAUCCCAUUAGUUUCGGCGAUCAAGUGGACGAGGAUGAACUCAUGGCCGAGUUGGAGGAGCUGGAGCAGGAAGAGCUGGACAGGAAUCUCCUGGAAGUGGAAGGAACGCCGGAUGUCACCUUGCCCAGUGUACCGGCCACGUCGCUGCCGUCCAGACCAGCCAAGAAGAAGGAGGAAGAAGACGAGGCAGAAAUGGCCGACCUGGAGGCUUGGGCCACCAACUGAACUCAAGUGGACUAAUGUAGACCUCCACCACUGAAGCGCAUACUUCUGAGGUGGAACAACAUGAACAAUCAACUCACUCGUGUGCAUAUGUGGUACACUCCAAAACCACAAUGAUGACACUACUCGGCCAUUGACGACAAUAGGCGUCCAAUCCAUGUUGACGUCCAUCGCCGUCAAUGGCAGCCAAUGAGAUAAAAACUGAAAAAAAGAGACUUUUAAGUGAAAAUGAGAGGACCGACAUUGUUCAAUAAAACAAAAGCUGCUCACAAAACAAGCAAAAAAGAAAACAGCUUGGUUGACGGUCACGAUUCUAAAAGGGACGCCAAAUGACGUCAUGUUUCUAUGAAGCGCAUUCUAGAAUUGGAGGACAUUUUUGCUUGAAAUUUUUUGAAAGGUUACCCAUCAUUUUUUUGCUUGAUAUUGCAGUCACAGUAAUAGGGUUGCAGGGAGUUUGUCAUGAGUAGAAACGUUCAAUCGCUGCCCCCUUCUCACUUCAAAUGGAUUGGACGUCUAUUAACAUCAAUGGCAACAAAUUGGUUAAAGCAGUUACUAUUUUAUUAUAUUAUUCAUAUAUUCAUAUAUUAUUUUUUUUCUUUUUAAAUUCUUUAAAGAUUUUUUGUUGUCGUCUCCAAGCUGAUUAAUUGAUUGCACCCUGAUCAAUUGCGGAUUUAUGGAGUUACUCUUUUAUCAAAAGAUGGCGGUAUUGUAUCCCAUCUUGUUUGGGUACCCAGCAGUUGUAAUUCAUUUAAACUUUUUCGUGUUUU